UGGGCUGGGCUUGAAUGUGGGCACAGAGUUGGGAGAAUGUAGCAGCCUUAGGCCCAGGAGUGUGUGACUUAAGAUGGACCCCAUGUUAUCUUACUGCUCCCUCCCUCUCCCCAGGGGCUGACUGGCUCUGGGCUGCAGCUUCUUCCUUGAACCCAAAUCGAAUAAGGGGAAUGAGCAGGACUCUAGGUUUUGGUGGGCGCGAAGUGUUUCCUCCAUGCUGAGGUCUUGAUCUUGUUUGUGGGGCAGCAGACGUUCUGGAGAACCAUCUAAGAUGAUAACCCAGCAGCGGGACUUGGGAAAUGAAAUAAAUGGCGAUGGGGAGGUGGCGACUGAAACUGUAUCCCAGCAUCUUCAGGGGAGGAUAGAGACUGCUGGAGGAAGAAAGGUCAACAUAUUAAAAUUCCUGGUACAACACAUGUCGUCUGAAAAAGUAACUGUCACAGUUCGUCUGGUUCGAUCCUUUGAACAUCGCAAUUUCAAACCUGUGGUCUACCAUGAUGUUAAUGUAAAUCAGUCUGUAAAGGAAUUCCUUAACUUUCUCCAGAAUGACAUAUUGUCAAAACCUGGACUUCCACCACCAUUUAAGAAACACACCUAUGAUGCAUUAAAGAUUAUUCAUCAAGCACACGGAGCAAAGACAAAUGAUCUUGUAGUGAGCUUGGAUAAUGAUGAUCAACUUAUGUUAAAGGAGGCAAACACACUGAAAGAAGCAGGUGUGGCCCAUGAAACAGAAAUGGCUUGUUUUAAGAGAGAAGAUUAUGAAAUGUUCAGAAAGAACCCUGUAGUAAUCUGGUGAUGAAAGUAAUAUAUGUUAAGUUUCUUAAAUAAUUUUAAUGAGCUCAAGUACCUUUCUGCAGAAUGUUGAAAGGAAAUAUGUUCGACAUAACAGAGAAGCUCAUCUAAAAUGAACUUUCAGUAUUUUUUUCCUGUUAAAAUGUUGACAGUAAAGAUAUACAUUUUAAUUUGACUGGCCUAAUAGUCUCUUUCAUGAUCUUUUUGCCACAAAGUGCUGAGCAGUAACUCUGUACUUUCCCUGCAAUGAAAGGGAGAAAAUUGGAAGCCUAAUCGCCUGCUUGGGAUUUGCUGCAGAGCAAUUUUGAAAGAGGCCUCAGAGCAGGUAGUCUUCAUACUUUCCAUUGAGGAACAGGUUGGAUGGAAAUGUAGAUAGUUGAAAUCAGCAACUACACUUUUUAUAUAUCAAUAUCAAAUUGUGAACAUUGUUUCAAAUAAAUGGAUAUAAAUUAA